GGAUUCUCCAAAAACCUAUUCACUUAUUUUUAAGCGUGUGCGAGAGAGAGAGAGAGCGAUCAUCUUCUUCUUCUCUGUUAUAAAGCUGACCUCUUUCUCCCGAGAAUCAAACCAAUGGUGGUGGAGCAGGAGCAGCAGAAGACGAAGAGGUUCGCUCUGUUUCUCGCAACGUGCGACUCGGAGUUCGUGAAGAAAGCUUACGGCGGCUACUUCAACGUCUUCGUCUCCGCUUUCGGCGAAGAAGGCGAGAAAUGGGAUCUCUUCCGAGUCGUCGACGGCGAUUUCCCCGACGACGACGAUCUCGACAGCUACGAUGGUUUCAUCAUCAGCGGUAGCCCGCACGACGCCUUCGCGGACGCUGAUUGGAUCGUCAAGCUCUGCUCGGUUUGUCGGAAGCUCGAUGAGAUGAAGAAGAAGGUUCUCGGCAUCUGUUUUGGCCACCAGAUAAUAACUAGAGUCAAAGGAGGGAAAAUAGGAAGGGCUCGUCAAGGCCCAGACAUGGGUCUGCGAACCAUAACCAUAGCAAAGGACAACGAGAAACUCGGCCUUUACUUUGGAGACGAGGUCCCUGCAUCUUUAGCCAUUGUCAAAUGCCAUCAGGACGAAGUCUUGGAGCUCCCUGAUUCUGCAACGGUCUUGGCCUCUUCCGAGGUAUACCAAGUGGAGAUGUUCUCAAUCGGAGACCACUUCCUAUGCAUCCAAGGUCACCCCGAGUAUAACAAAGAGAUUCUCUUUGAGAUCGUGGACCGUGUCCUCAACAUGAAGCUUAUGGAGCAAGAGUUUGCGGAUAAGGCUAAGAGUACGAUGGAGACUGCGGAACCAGACAAGGAUCUAUGGCAGAAGCUCUGUAAAAACUUUCUGAAAGGUCAAAUCUGAGCAUGUUUAGUUUGCUAUUGCCAUCUCUUGAUGAAAACCCCUGCAAUUUCCUUCAUAUUUUAUCUUCAACAAAACAUUGAGGAAAAACAUAAAACAAUUAGAAAUAAUCAUGUUUCUUAUUA